AGUCCAGUCCACUUGACUGUGUCUGAGCAAAAACUUCGCGAAGCUUCUGCUGUUCAUCAAUGGAGGAAGCACUACAUACCCUAUGGGACGAAGUGCGUGACCUGAGCCUAUCCACCGCCAUAGACUGCCUACCUACACCGCCUACACCUCUCCGGUUCCUCCGCCACUACGUCCUCCCCAACAAGCCGUGCCUGAUCGCCGCCGCCGUUCCCCACUGGCCGGCGCUCUCCCUGUGGCCUUCAAACUCUUACCUCCGCUCGGUGCUUUCGGAUACGGAUGUCUCCGUCCAUCUCACUCCCUCCGGGAAGGCGGACGCGCUCGUUUCUCACCCCGGCGAUCCUUCCGCCGUCUGCUUCGCCUCCGCGGCGGUGCGGACAGUAGCGUUCCCCGAGGCGUUGGAUUUGGUGGUCGCGUCGAAGGAAGGUAAAGCGGUGGCAUAUUUGCAGCAGCAGAACGAUUGUUUCCGCAGCGAGUACGGCGCGCUGGCGGCGGAUUGUGAGGAGGAGAUUCCGUGGGCGAGCGAGGCGCUCGGUUGCGCGCCGGAGGCGGUGAAUUUGUGGAUAGGCAAUCGGUUGUCGGAGACUUGGUUUCACAAGGAUCAUUAUGAGAAUCUGUACGUUGUGAUUGCUGGGGAGAAGCGAUUUCUGCUGCUGCCGCCCACUGAUGUUCAUCGAAUGUACGUUCGAGAUUAUCAGGCAGCGAGGUAUCGGUAUUGCCAGGAUAGUGGAGACUUUACGCUGGAGCUCGAGGAUCCAACAGCGUACGUUCCUUGGUGCAGUGUGGAUCCAUGCCCUUCAUUUGAGGAGGAGCAGAGAGAAAUCAAGAAAUUUCCCUUGUAUUUCAACGGACCAAAACCAUUUGAAGUUACGGUCAAGGCAGGGGAGAUGCUGUAUUUGCCUAGCAUGUGGUUUCACCAUGUUCAACAAAGCCAGGACGACUCAGUGCUUACUAUUGCAAUAAACUACUGGUACGACAUGCAGUUUGAUAUCAAAUAUGCAUACUUCAACUUCCUGCAAUCCAUACCUUAUUCUCCACCCGCGGAUCCUUCUUUGAGCAAAAAUAAGGAUUCAAGUCUUGACGAAUCUGAUAUUAUCUCGGAUCGGCCAUCUAUAGACACCAGUUGCAACGAAGACGGCUGAAUACAUCAAGUGUCGAAACAUACAGUUUCAUGAUAUCUAUCCAAAGUCAAAUUCUGUACCCCCGGAAACACACAGUGGUUUGUUUGUUUGUAGUCGACAGAGGCGACAAUGGUAGCACCAGCUUUCCUUCACUAGUAGAUGAGUUUUAUUUAAUUUGAAUCUGAUAUGUUUCUUUUCAUUGAUCUGCAGAAGUCGUCGAAUUCGUGUCAAGCGUCGGUUGUUUCGCAACAACUGGUUAGUCUUAUUUAUUUAUUUAAUUUUUUCUUAUGAAUGACUGUUAGAUAAGAUGAUUGAAAUUGAAAUAUUUUGAAAUUCUAGUUUGAAUUACUACGAUGGUUGUCUUAGGCCGAGAGGUAUAUAGUUGAGGGAAUAUGCGUAGGGUGUGUUCUUGUAUCAAAUUUUCUCAAUAUUUCUACUAUUCACUGAAAUUUUCUC